AUGACCACGUCCGCGUCAUCGCCGGAUGAGCAGACGGGCGACCCAGCCUCUCCUACUUCCCCCGAUACCGGUUUCGAUCCCUCAUGCGAUCUCGAAGCAUUGGCGCUGAGGCUUCUCUGGCAGAACCAGAUUCAAGAGCUGCAGUCCCGCCGUGCAACGCAGAUUCGGGAUCAAGAACAAGCAAGACCCCCCGAGCACAGCUUCACGCACCCGGUAGAGCGAAGAGAGUCUCGGCAGUCCGAGAUUGUAGAGGGCGAUAGGUUGGAUCAAAUUAUGAGUGACUUGGGCAAGCUGGGAGUUCGGCUGCGUGAGGAUGCUAGGAGGCAGCUGGACGUCAUUAGCGAUGAUAGCGCUGCCCUCCCUCUAUGUUUGUGA